AUGGCUAGUUGGCGCCAGCUAGAUUCCAGCGACAUCACGGGUGUGAUGCGCGUCGCGGACACAAUUCAUGCCGCCUUACCAGAGAAUGAACAUGUCUUCGCAGAGCGCAUCGCGCUUUUCCCAGAGGGCUGCCUUGGGCUCGUGGAAAACGGCGAGAUUUGUGGAUACGCCAUCUCGUUUCCCAUCCGGCGCCGUGAACCACCCGCACUCAAUGGUAUACUGGGAGAAAUAGCGCCCGACGCGGACCAGUACUACGUCCACGACGUCUGCGUGCUGCCAAUGGCUCGGGGGCGUGGAUUUGCUGCGCUGGGCAUCGGCAAGCUGCUAGCGAUUGCAGAGAGAUACCCCUCCGCGUGCCUGGUGUCAGUUUACGGUACGGCCUCGUUCUGGGGCCGGUAUGGCUUCUUGCCGCCAUCGAACAACGUGAGCGAGGUUCUGCUGAAAAAGGUGCGUGGCUAUGGAGAUGAGGCUGUUUACCUCGAGCGAGAAAUAGACCAGUGA